AUGAGACUCUCACUUCAUGAAGAGGAAACUUGGGAAGAAGAAGAAAAGCGGGGGCCCGACUCGGGGCAAAGCGGACGCCCCAUUCUCCUGCCCCCGGCCGCCUUUCCUCCCGUGCGAGGGAGCGCUCCCUUUCAGGCAGGCGCUCCGCGGGGCAGCCGUCGAGAGGCGAUACUGGGGGGCCGCGGCAGAGGGAGCCCUGGCAGAGGGAGCCGUCGAGUCGCGGGGAGAACUGGCGGAAGGGCGUCCAGAGGGGAGACCUCGGCUGGGGCGCCGGGCCCGGCCGGGAUGGCGGCUGCGGGGAGCAUCACCACCUUUCCCGACGACGGCGGCGGUGGCGGUAGCGGUGGCCCCUUCCCGCCUGGACACUUUAAGGAUCCCAAACGGCUCUACUGCAAAAACGGAGGCUUCUUUCUGAGGAUUAACCCUGACGGCCGAGUGGACGGAGUCCGAGAGAAGAGCGACCCGCACAUCAAGUUAAUACUUCAAGCUGAAGAGAGAGGCGUGGUGUCAAUCAAAGGGAUACGUGCAAACCGUUUCCUUGCUAUGAAUGAAGAUGGACGAUUGUUAGCACUGAAAUAUGUAACAGAUGAAUGCUUCUUUUUUGAACGCUUGGAAUCUAAUAACUAUAACACAUAUCGGUCUCGUAAAUAUUGUGAUUGGUACAUUGCACUGAAACGAACUGGUCAGUACAAACCUGGACCAAAAACUGGACGAGGACAGAAAGCUAUUCUUUUCCUUCCUAUGUCUGCCAAAAGUUGAUCUGAGUGUCACAGUUCAUAAAAUAUUGUGCAACAAUAGAUGUUCCCUUGUCCAAAAGACAAAUUAAUAUGAUAUUUUCCAGUCAACUCUAUUUGCUGAUUAAUUUGAAACCAUUACUUUGUAGAACUGUAAGACUGAAAACUGAAAACCAUUUUCAUUCUUUGUUUAUAUAAGUGUGUUUGUGUAUGCAUACUAAUGGAAGUGUGGCACAGAGACAUAGUUACACUUAAAUAUGUCAGUUAGUUAAGUAUUUCCAGUUAGAUUUUA